AUGUUACGGGGAACUCGCACAAAAUGUCUAUGUAUUAACAGGUAGGCAAACAUUUGAUGAAACUGGAAAAUAUUGAUUUUUAUGAGUUGGCAGAACUUCAACUAGUUAUUCUUCAUUUUCUACUCGCCCAAAUCAUUAUGAAAUACUCGGAGUUCCUCAAAAUGCAUCGAUUGAUCAAAUAAAAUCGGCGUUUUAUGAGAAAUCGAAAAAAGUUGGUUGUUUUUUGAAGGAAAUAUUGGAUUUUCACUUUGUCUAUAUAAGCUUCAGACAGUUUUCGAAAGUUUCAUGAGUUUUUUUUUAUUUUUCCAUCCGAAAAAAAUCAUAUUUCAUCAUCAUUGUCACAUUUUUCAAUUCAAAAUGAUAAGAAAAAAAUGUGUGUUCAAUAUUUUUGUUCAAUUUUUUGAAGAAAAACUAAUAUUUUCCAUUUUCAGCUUCACCCGGACAAUCAAAAAGAUGGCAAAAAAUCGACGAGCCAAUUUGUCGAACUCAAAACCGCCUAUGAUAUUUUGAGGCGACCAGCUGAUAGACGAUUAUAUGAUUAUGAAUUGAAGAAUGGAAUUAGACCUGGAGCUGGGAGAGGCGGUGGAAAUGCGUAUAAUUCCGCACAUCCACAAUAUGAUUUUUCGAGGUUUGCAAACUUUUCCACGUCAUAGCUCAUCAUCCCAAUAUUCUUUCAGAGGUUGGUCAGCUGAAUGGGCCUCAAAUGAUUCUGCGCGAAAAACACGAGAAGAACGCGACAAAUCAUCGAAGGAUUUCAUGAAAUCGAUUUUAAAAUGGACCGGAAUUGGACUCGCCAUCGUUGUUCUUUAUAAUGGUGGAUAUGUGUGAGCAGAUAAUUUUUUUUUGGAUUUUCAAGAAAAAAAAGAGAAUUUUCAGAUAUAUGCUGAGUUGGAAUCAAAAACAAUUGGACAAACUUGUGGAUGAGGAUGAGAUCGCGAAAUGUUUUUUGAGGCAGCGGGAAGUGAGAGAUGGUGAACAUGAUGUGAGUGGUUUGGAAAGAUUUCGAAGGAGCGUUGGGAGCCCACAAAAAAAUUAAAAAAAAAAUUUUCUAGAAAAAAAAUUCACCCACUCAACCAAAAAAAUCUGAUCUGAGAAAAAACAAAAUUAAUCAAUUUUCUUUAACCUGAGCAAUGCUUUUUAACCUGAGCAAGCAAUUUCUUGAAAUUUUUUUUUGAAAAUGUUGAAAAAUUGAGUGAAGCUUGGGUUCCACGUGGAUUCUUGACUCAAAUCUUGAAAUCUAAAUAGAUUUUCAAUCUGAAUUUUGCCACGUGGAAUUUCAGGUCUAAAUUUUGGAGAUAAACAAUUUUGAAGCUGAAUUUUUCCACGUGGAAUUCUUGGCUCAAAAUAAAGUUUAGUUUUUGGGUUUUUUUCCUGAAAACUUGGGCUAAAAUUUGAAUAAAAAUUAGAAACUCUGGAAAUCAAAAAAUCGGAAUUUUCAAAUAACAUUCAGGUUAAAGAAAAUUGAUUAAUUUUGACCUGAGCAAGCAAAAAAUUAGGGAUUAAAAUGAAUGCUCAUUGCUCAGUUCAUACUUUUUUAUAUUGACAAAAUUCUCAAAAUUUAAAUUAUUUCAAAAUUAUUUUAAACCUGAGCAAUGCUAGCUUGAAAAAUUCACCAGAUUUUUUGAUUCUCAGAGCUUCUAAUUUUCCUCAAAAUUUAGCUCAAGUUUCUUCAAAAUUUGAACUCUCCACCAGCUCCAAAACUUCCAUCAAUUCUAAUUUUUUCCCAGGUCUCUUCACUGGGUCGAAUUCUGAAAGCCGACAUCGAUGAAGCCUGGAAAAUGCGAUGUGAACAGGAGAAAAAUCCCGACGAAAUUCGCGAAGAAUAUCGAUGGUUUCGUGCACUUCAAGACGCCGAUCAUAUUCGAAGUUUGAAGGAAAAACGAAUGGAAAGAAAAAUUGAGGAACGAAAUAAGUGGAGGAAUGAAUAG